AUGCGGUUUCCAACUCUCGCCUUGCUUUUCGCCGCGUCCCUCGGUGCGCUCGCAACCCCUUCUCUCCGCGGCCAUCGCGUCCGCCAGGAAAAUACUACUCCUACCCAGUGCACAUCGAGCGCUGUUCAAACCAUCACCACCAUCAACCGCGGAAACGAGGGCAUCUGGCACGUCAAGGCCAAUCAGACCGGCUUGAACCAGCUAUACAAAUCCACUCAGACAGACUGGCUCAGCAACAACAAAACCGCCGUCCUCGACAAGUGCACCAGCAUCUGCUUCGCCGGCAACAACACCGAGACGCCUGGAACAUGGCUUCCGAGUGGCAAGUACUUUGAGGGAGCCUUUGUCAACACCCCGGGCGGCUCCUCGCAGCAUCCUGUCUGGCAGUGUGCCUGCUACGACAAUACGCUGUCGCAGUCCAACCUGGCGGCUGGCGGAGGUGUUUGGGACAAUGCGUACGCAUUCUUUUCAUUCUCCCACACUAGCAUCACACACCAUGAAGACCAUCUCUCUCAACCCCUAUUGACUGUUCCAGUAUACGCCUAA